GGAGUGUAGUCAAGCAUGCAGCGGGGUGAAACAUAGGCAAAUAAAUUUAUAUCUUCCUUCGUUUUGAUUGAUAAAUUUAUGUCUGCAUAUGGUCUGCAUAUUUAGACAAUAAAUAACAUAUUUGAACUGCAUGUAGGGUUUGUGCGUGUAUAUUUAUGCAUAUUUUCUAUUGUGUAUUGAUUUAUUUUGCUAUGGGUGUCUUCGGUGUUUUACAUAUGCGUUUCCAGGGCCCGAUAAACAUGUACUCGCUCAGCAGUUAAAGGUACAUGUACAAACAUCGCACAGCGUUGUACGAAACAGUAUAUCAAUUUACGACUGGGCCAUUUGUGUAGAUUUGGCAGAUAAGAAACUCAGAAAUCAAUCCCGCCUUUGUCGACAAAGAUAACUCGGAAAUUGGCACAAGAAUCGGCUGAUCACAACACUUUGAUGAACUUUUAUUCACAGAUAAGCCGGGAUGAAACAGGGGCACCUAAAAAAUGGAAAAUGUCAUCGACCCUCCCUAUUGAUGAAGAUUCAAUAAAGAGUAAGAAAGGGGGAACUUCAAAAAGUUCUUUGGCAGGCUCCAAUAAAGGGACACCAUCAAGCUCAAGAGAAAAUUCAAAUGAAAGAAAAAGUAGAAUAAAUCUAUCUCUGCAAAAGGCUGGAAGGAAAAACAGUCUAACUAGGGAUGGUAGUUCUUCUGAGCAGAGCAGCUCACGGGAAUCUUCCUUAGAAAACAAAGUGAAAGGUGAUGAAAAGAAACUCAAGAAAACUGACUUAGACAAGAAAAACAGGAGUUUUUCAAGUGAUUCUAGUAAAGUGAGGAAAAGUUUAGGAAGUGACAGUACUUUAAACAGUGAUAAGAUUAAAAAGAAGAGAGGUCGACCAAAGUCUUUAGAUUUAUCAUCAAAAGAAAUGGCAAAUGGUGAUGAUGAUCAUUUUAAAAGUCCAGAUCCACUUACACCAUGUAAUAUUGGUUUUAAAAGGAAAAAAGGAAGACCAAAGGAAACGCCGCCUGUUCUUUAUGCUGAACCACCUGUAGAAACAUCACCCUUGGAGAACAUGACUGAUUAUGAAACAGAAGAUAGCAGUCCUCCAAUUAAGCGAAAACCGGGUCGUCCGAAAAAAGUAAAAAUGUUCAAUAGGGAUCAGUUAAAAUCAAUAGGUAAAUCAGAUAAUUUGAAAGCAUUUAAUAUAAAAAGACAGUAUGGCUCAAAAAUUGGAAAAAGCAGCUUGCAGCAAGGUUUCAGAAGGGCUAAAAAACUUCCUAAACUAAAACCAGUUAUGACUCCCAUUCAGAUUAAUAAGACUGAUGGAAGUAGUAUGUCUGCAGUUGAAACUGAAGGUUCUGAAUUUGAAACUAAUGACAAAAGUAAAGUUAAUGAAAAUGGAAUAUCUCCCAAUGAAAAGAGAAAGCCUGGUAGACCCCUUGGUGCUAAAAAUAAACAAAUCUAUGGCGCUUUAACAGCUCUAAAAAAUAAAAGAAAAGCUGCUAAGGCUAUUGUUUCAAGAAAAAUAACUCAGUUUGGAUCUCAAAGUUUGAAAAAAGCAAUAAGUAGAGGUCCUGGGCGACCUCCUGGUACUAAAAAUAAAAGUACUCCUGGUAAAUUGUCAGGAAAAGUGAAUACAGAUAAGGUUGAAACAAUUUCAAAUAGUUCAAAAGAAAACAGUGUUGUCACAGAAAAAGAUGAAGUACCUGAUUCUUUCUUCGAAAAUGAAACAGAGGGAGAUAUGGAUGUCAGUACAGUUGAUGAAGCAAUUGAAACAGUUCUCUUUAAAGCUAGACAUGAUAUAUCUAUUGAAUUAAAGAAUAGGCCAAAAUUAUCAUUUAGACCACAAGGGUUUUUUAAGAAACUUACUUCUGUGAAAUCAGUUGCCAAAUUUAAAAAAGAAAAAGACAUUAUUCGUAAGAUAAGAAAAAAGAGAAUUUUAGAGACGCAUGCCACUGGUGAAGAUUUUGAUCAAAAUGUAAAACCUCUAGCUUCAAAUGAUCUCAGGAGGAAGUUGCAGAGUAGGCUUAUAGAGAAAAUGAAAUUUGAACACAACAUAAAACCUACAGAAGGAAAAGGUGCCAUGCAAGCAGAGGAUAAUGUGCAGAAGUCUGAAAAUUCUUUGAAUGAAACUAAUCUAAAACCAUCAGAGGAUUCAAAGACAGAUCUCCUUUCUGAAGAUUCCGCUAAAAGUGUUGAAGUGAAUGGAGCCUUGCAAACAGCUACUCUUGAAGAAAGGACAAUUAUAAAGCCUGAUUCUGAAAAUAUUGCUGACACUAAAAAUGUGCGGAAACAAAACUUUGAUUUUUCCAAAUUUAGUGACACAGAAUCUGUGUGCUCUGAAUUAAGUACAAACUCAAUUGGGUCUUUGAAACGUAAUAUUGAGAAGCAGGUAUUAAUUUUAGGUGAGGAGAACACUGAAAGUGAUGAUCAGACUGUAAGAACCAGGCAAAGGUUUGAAAUCAUUCCAGGAAAGAAAAGAAAACGUACUCUUAGUGGUGAAUUUGAUUUGCUGGAUGAAAAACAGUUAAGAAAAGAAAGGAAAAAAGCAGAAAGGAUACAAACUGAUGAUGAAUGUGACCUUAAUCAGUUGCAGAGAGAAACCAUUAUUCCUAAAAAGAAACCUUUAUUUAAGAGAAAGAAAAGUCCAAUCAAGAAAUCACCGACACUUAAAGUUAAGGAUGGAAAGAUUGUUAAAAAGUAUGUGUCACAACUCACAGCUUAUCGCAAUAGAAUGCUUAAGCAGUCCCCAUUUUUAAGUCGUGUAAGGAAGAAACGUAGGAAACCUUACAUUAAGAGAAACCAAGAAAACUCUGAAAAGACUUUAGCAGCACAGGCCAGUGUUGAUAGCACAAAUCAAAGUGGCAAAUUCAAUUCUGAGUCUAUGGAAAAUGCUUCUUUUGUGGCAGAUUCCCCCACAGUAAAAUCAGAUUAUUAUCGUCAAGGGUUGUUUGAAAAAUUUACUGAUGUUACAUUAGAAAAUAAGGGUGAAUCUGUUGAAGAUAUUCAAGUUAAAGAUAGUAAAAAUAGUAAUAAUGUAAACAAUGGUGAAGAUGGAGAUAGUGAUGAUACAGAAUGUACAAUUGAGCUCAAAGAUGAUAUUCUCCCUGAAGAACCACCAGUAGAGGAGAGUGUGGAUGAUUCAGAUGUGAUAGACUUUCAUGCAGAGAUGAAACUAGAGUCAACUGGAAGAGAACUUUAUACGGAAUCAGAAAUUGAAAUCAGAGAAAUGCUUUUUGAGUUAAUUGAUGACAUUGUAGAAGAUCUUGAAAAGAAAAGAGGUUCUUUUAAUCCAAGUGCAGAUGAAAAGUGUAUAAAUGAAAAAGUUGAAACAAGUAAGAUUAAGGAAAAUGUAGGAGAACAUGUAGGUAGUGAAAUAAAUGAGAAAAAUUGUGUUAAAGAAGACAUAAAGGACUGUCAGAAUGAAGGGGGAGAUAUGAAAGAAAAAUCUCAAAUUGUGAAUUUAAGUAAUUGUGAAGAGCCAAAUAAAAUGAUUGUUUCAGAAAGAAUUCUUGGCACAAAGGAUGAAAAAGAAAGUUCAGAAGUAAAACAAACUAUAACUCUAAAAAAUGAAGACAAUCUGAAAUUAGUUUCAGAAGAAAACAAUGUAGUUGAUAAAGAAAUAAAUGAAGAUAUCAAUUCAAGCAAUGUUGACACAGCUAUAGAAGGAGAGGCCAAGCAAAUUAAGAAAGUCAGAAUUAAGCAUAAAAUGAAAAGAAAACGGUAUAUACCUCUGUCAAAAAGAAAGCAAGUUGAUAAUGUUACAGAUAAUAAGAUAAGAAAGAAACCCGGAAGGAAACCAAAACCAAAGCCAGAUAGUAACAUAACUAGUAAUAAUGAAACUAUUUCAGAAACUGUCAUUGAGAAAAAAUCAAAUCCUGUUGAAAGUAAAUCUCCUGAAACAAGUGUAAUUAGAAAGUUUGAAUUAAGGCAAAAAAUUUCUAGGUCACCACUAGAUAAUAUUGCGCUUAAGCAAAGUUUGGAAGAAAAUGAAUAUUUGAGAAAUGAGGCACAGAAAUUGUCACGUAAAGAAGCGAAGUUUAAGUUGAAAGCAAAGAUUCCAGGACAAGACUCCUUAGAAUCAUCACCUGUUCAAAACAAGGACCAAGAAUCGACUGAAAAUACUGUUCCUGAAAUACCAGAAUUAACAGAGGAAAGUGAUACAGAAAUAGAAGAAAGAGCUGAAAGUGUUGAGGACUUGUUGAAGCGUUGCAGACCUUGUAAGAUAGUUCUUAAGGAUUUUAUUAAAGAACUUGAACGUGCACAAGUUCAAGCAGAAAGCUCAUGUGAAUCAGAGACUGAAUUGCAAGAUAUUCCAAAUAUCUCAGAUGAGGAAAAGAGUAAUUCUUCUAUAAUGCAAAAUGACACUGAAAAUAAAAUUGAAGAUGCUUCACAAGGUGAAACUCAGUUAACUAAUGCGAUAGAAAGUGGUUUGGAAGACACAGAUAAAAUUGACAAGAUUGGUACCGAAGCUGGACAUACUGAAAAUGUUAAUUUGUCAAUAAGUACUAGUAAUGAAAAUGUUAACGAAGCUUGUGCAUCGCAAGAAAGUGCUGUAAAUGAUGAUACAAACAAUGUUAAAUUAGAUACCCCUUGUGAGCAAGAGAAAAUUGAAAAUCAGAGUAAUAUGCAUGAUGUGAAGAAAAACGAAAUUGAAAAUUCAAGCCCAAACACAAAACAAAGAGCAUUAAGACCAAAACGUAGUACCCCUGUCAAAAACCAAGAACUUUCUAGUAUACAAGUGGCUAUAACACCACCUAAAAAGGUUAGAAAAAUUAAAAGUAUUAAUGAGCAGCAAACAGCUAGGAAAACCGUUCCUCCACUUAAGAUUAAAGUUAAAGGUGGAUUUUCAUCAAGACGUAAAACAUAUAUUGUUGAACCCUCUCCAGAUUCUCCUGUUGAAUUGUCAAGCAAAGAGGAACAAAAGGCCGAGAAAAAGAAAGAGAAGAGCAAAACAAAAUCUGGAAAUAAAUCAGAAUCUUCUGACUCGGAAAAACACAACAAAAACCACCAUCAUCAUCAUAGGAAGAAAACUAAAACCCCCACUGAUGAUAUCAAUAUUGAACAAAGUAAAUCAAUGACAUCUCAAAACAAAGACAUUCCUGUUGGCCAAAGUGCUGUUUAUAUUGAAAAACCACCUUUAAAAGCAACUGAUGCAUAUGAAGCAAAUUUUCUACAGUUUAUUCAAGACAAAGACAAAGUUGAACAAAAUAUGGCUGCAUUCAGUAACUCACUUGGAUCUAAAAGUAAACCAAGUAAUCAGAGUCUUCUAAAAACACUCCAAAAAGACAAUACAUAUCUUAACUUAGCAAUGGCAAAAACUUCUCCUACUUCAUCAAAAAUUGAGCCAAGCAAUGCUCAAAUUCAAAGUGACACUCAAAACAAUAUUGAAAAUACCGAAGUUCAGUAUGUCUGUUCCCAGUGUGAAAAUGUUGUUUAUAAAACCAAAGAGCAGAUUGCUCAGCACUACAGAGAGGUUCAUCCAGGGUCCCAGUUCAUCUAUAAACCAUUGCCAGAAGCCACAGAAAACAUGGCAACGAUUGAAAAUCCAGGAAACAUGGAAAAUAACUCUUUACACAGCAGUGCUGGUGAUAAUGAGCAGCCAAAUGACGAUGAUGACAGUGGAAGCCUCAACCUAAAAAUUGUUGAUGUUGUUAGUUUGAAGGACCAAGAAAAUCUAAUAGACCAUAAUACAGUUAUAUCAAAGGAAGAACAAGUAGCACCUGUUCAUUCGGUUCCAACCAGCCAGAUACAAACCCAACUGAGAAUACCAAGUUAUCCUCUCAUAGUGAGUGCUCCACCACCAUAUCCCGUACAUUCUAACGUUCUUCCACCGCCAUAUUCAGUAGCAACUGCAGGAAGUGCCGCUCAAGGGCAUGUUAUAUCUGCACUCCAAGAACAGUUGCAAUUAAAAUCGAAAUUAGCUGCUCCGAAGCAGAAAAGUCAGGUGGCGGGAAAAAUAGGUAACUCUUUUAAAUGUGAAAAGUGCAAUGUACAUGCUCCAAUGCUAGCGGCCAUGGUUGCACAUUUAAGAAAUUCUCAUAAAGAAAUACCAAGACUCUUUCAGUGCCCAUAUUGCAAGGAUAUGGAAGCUGAAACAGAAGCUUUGAUUCAUCAGCAUAUUAAAAAACUCCACCCUACAAACAAUCCAAAUCCUCCAGUUGCUUUAUCAGAGCCAGCCAAGCGUAAUUUAAAAACAUUAUCAGUUCGGUUGCCUGAAGGAAUUAAACUUGGGGAAGGGAAUAGCAUUGAAAAGGACAUUUACAUGUGCCUAAAGUGUAAGGAACAUAUGCCAUCUUUAGAAACAAUAUAUGAACAUCUUGAACAUGAACAUUCUGAAAUCUUUGCUUAUGUUUGUCCUGUUUGUAAAGUGUUUAAGUCCAAGACAGAGCACUUGGUAAACAAUCAUAUCAAGGUGGUGCAUAAUAGAAAAUCAUCGGAGGUUAAUGUUUCAUUGGCGAUUGAUGGUAAUCAUUUUGUAAGAAUUCAAUGUCUCGUAAAAGAUAAAACCAAAUCUGGCCAAAGGUCGUCACAUUCAGCACAACAGAAACAGCAGCCAAGUCCAGUCCCAACGACAGUACAGCAAAGUAAACCAACAUUACAUGUACCAGGACUGACUACAGCACAUCUUCAGUUACAACCUAUACCACAAGUAUCUAUUCCUCAAGAAAAUUCAACCCAUGUCAGUAGUAUGCCAUUAAACCCAUUGCAACAGCCGAAUUUAAAUUUCUCAGCACCACCAGCUGGGACUAAACCUGUUCAAGCACCAUUAGUUCCGAAGAAAAAGAAAAGUUUACUUGAAUCGAUUCAGAAAAUUAAAGUUCAGAAAAUGGAACAACAGGGACUGCUAUCACAAAAAGGUCAAUCCACAUCAAUAUCUUCAACGAUUCCUUCUCAUCCAUCACAGUUGAUUACUAGUAAGCCUAAUGUGUCUUCUGCAGCGGUCCCGCCCCCAUUAAUGAGAGCACCACCGCCAUUGAUAAGAUAUGACCAACUGAACAAAGUAUCAUCGCCACAGUCUAUAAUGUUCGGGUCAGCGCUACAGAAUCAAGCCACUCUGACAAAUUUACAACGGUUGCAGAAUAUUACCAGUAGUCAGACUGUUCUGUCUUCUUCGGGGACUCCAAGAUCAAUACAGUCGUCCUUAUUUGAUACUUCUGACCUUGAUACAUUGAAAACACCACAAAGUCAAAGGCCUGUGCUAAAUGUACCUGUUGUUUCAAGACCUUCCAGCAAAGGUCCAUUUCAGAAGGUACCAUCAGCAAGUUCUACCCCUGAUAACACAGAAACAACCGUGACAGGGUCUCCUCUUGAUUUGUCGAAAACCACUCCAUCUGCAUCACCAGUACCGCAAGGUUUGCAGAUUCCUAAUAUGGGACCAGUGCAAGUUUCUGGAGCAAGUGUUAACCCAGACUUAUUUCAGGUAUUUAACUUGAGACCAAGCACUCAGAUGCAACUUCCACGACCACAGAUUCCUGUGCCACAAAUGCUUACUCAACCAAUUAUGAUACCGCAGCAAGUUCGGCAAAAUACCCCUAGCACUUUAGCAUAUAGACCAGCAGGUUCACAAAUGAUUGCUACGUCACAAGUACAGCAACUUAUUGGAAUGCCUAUCGGGACAGCAGCUGUCAUCGGAAAUAUGGUGGUUAGUUUAGGGAACAUGACUCAAGGCAUACCUGCAAUGCCAGUAGGUAAUCAAGCCCUUCAGAAUGCUCAGUUUGUCCGAAUGUCGGCUCCUCCGAUUCAAAUUCCUCAAGUGAGUGUGCUUAAUUCAACAGGAAAUGCACCUAUGGCAAUUCCAGCGCAAUCUAAAAAUUCUGCAGCCACACCGCCCAUGUUAAACAAAGCUACUUUAUUUAGAUGCCCAUAUUGUCCGAGUAUUACUCCACUUCGGUUUGAUCAGGUACAGAGCCAUAUUGAAAACAAGCAUCCAGGAUCCUCGAUUCUUUUUAAACCAUAUGAAUCCUCAAGAUGAAGUAACUUGUGUCCUUGGAACUGUUUCUAAAUUAAAAUAUAGAUUUCAGUUGAUCUAAUCAUGUUUAUAUAUAGCAUUCCUACUUAGAAUACUUAAAGAACAUCACAGAUUUCAUCAUGUACAAAUACCAUUGAAUUUCAUUUUGUAACAUUGUCAUGUGGGAUAUAAUCUUCAGAUAAUCCCCAUCAAACAUUCUGAAUCUAUUGUUUGUAUGUGCAUAAGCCAUAAACCUGUGUUAUUUAAACAAACCCAAUCAUUUUGUAUAUAAUUAAUGUAUUAUCUUGAUUAACUCAUUCACAUGUGCCUGUCAUUUUGUAAUUAGCAUCAUGUAUACAUACACAAUUGGUUGUAUUGUACAUUAUAUAAUAUAUUUUUGAACAUUUAAUUGUGACCUUUAUAAUUAUGUAUUAACAGAAUCAAUGUUCCUAAUUUUUAUUAUGAAGAUUUUGUAUUUCUAACAUAAGUUUUAUUACUUUUUUUCUCUGCUUUUUAUAACAAUAUUUCAUUGAUUGAAAUUUUUAUUGCUAGACAUUAUUAUUUUUGUAAGUUGAAUUCAUGAAAGCACAAGUUGAACUGUUCAUAUUUUUGCUUAAUAGUGACUAUGAAAAGAUCAUGAUUCAUAUUUUGGUUGAAAAUUAAACAUAAAUUGUUCAUGUUUUGGCUUAACUGUGAACAUGAAAUAUUCCUUUUUUGGCUUAACUUUCAAUAUAAGAUGCUCAUAUUUUGAUUAAAGUGAGAACAUGAAAAUGUUUGUUUGUUUUAACUAUAUACUUUUUUGAUUAUUUAAGUUGAAUUUAUGAAAGGAUAAGAUGAUAUUUUGGCUAAAACAUGGCUGAGAAGUUCUCUUUUUUUGGCUGAACUGUGAACAUUAGAUUUUCAUAUUUUGACUGAACUGGGAACAUAAAAUGUUCAUAUUUUGACUGAAUAUGUGAUCAUAAAAUGUUCAUGUUAUUGCUGAAUUGUGAACAUAACUUUGGCUUAAGUGGGAGUAUAAAGUGUUAAUAUUUUGGAUGAAAUUAGAACAUUGAAUGUUUUAAUCUUUGCUAACUAUAAUAUGUUUGUUAUGGCUGAACCGUGAAUUUGAAAUGCUCAUAUUCUGGCUUAACUGUUAAUAUACUAGGUAGAACCACCUGCCUAUUUCAAAUGUUAGAAAUGUGUCUUUAUGCACAAAUUGUGCUAAAUAUGUGUAUGUUUUCUUUUUUGUGUAAAUUUAUUGUUUAAUUUCGGUUAAUUUUAGAUGUUUUAUGUAAAGGAAAUGUAUAUACAUUUUUUGUGUAAAUACUAUUACACCAUUCAUUCUAACAGGGAACUUGGUGAAGUUUCUCUACACACUCUUUGUGCUAAAAAACAUGAAUGUUUUCCUGCCAUUUUGCAUUGUUCUAGUUGUAGGCAUGGAGCAAAGGUAAAAACAACAACCUAGUCUUAAUCAUUAUUACGCAAUAGACCUUAACACUUCAGAAAUUUCACCAUUUGCUUGUUAAAUGGUAUGGCAUCACCAGCUUGCUAUAAGUAAAUACAUUAUCACAGUAUUCUAAUGACAAUUGGAAAGGUUAGUUUUUGGUACAUUUAUACUGUUAUAAUAGUUACGUAUUGUUAUGUAAGUGCCAUAUUGGCAGAUGAGUGAUAUAUGAUAUAUGACUUGAAAAUAUGAAUGAUGUACAGUUCAUCCUCUUCAAAGCAAUUCUCUUUUAAAGAUAAAAAAGUUUGUUGGUCUUUGUGUAGAGGUAUUGUUUUGUAGAGGUUAAAUUUUAAAGUGAAGUCUUAGUUUUUGGAAAAAAAUUGAAACUUGUUGUGAAGAGGUGAUUGCUUAACAGAGGGUCAUUCUACAGAGGUUGCAUUGUAAUGUACUGACAAUAGAGUGAAGACAUUGUAUUGCUUGUCAUUUGAAAUUCCUUAUCUUGAAUAAUUAUAUUAUUGGUAAAAUAUUUUUAUUCAUUGCAUAUUAGUCUUUUGUGAUCAUCUUUUACCAUUAACGAAUUAAUUCACUUAUUUAUUGCAUAGCAUUGAACAUUAGGUACUAGUGAAUAGUCUUUUUGUUGCUUAUCAUUAUAAAUCAAUUGAACUAUUUAUGUACCAUUUGCAUUAAUCAUGUAUUUAUUACACAGGAUUGAAUUGUUUUGCUUAUCAUUAUCAUUCCAUUAGGAUUCCAUUAUCGAAUAGGAAAUAUUUCUUUCCCUAUAUAUAUAAACACUGAUAUAAUUAUCUUUGUUCAGCAACAGUAGCCUUGGGUUAUGUUGCAUCAUUUUUUUACAUGUAGACAGCCAUUUUUUUUGAAAGAAUAUAGAAUGUAUAUGUAGAAAUGAUGUAAACGUUUGUUCAAUGAGGGCAUUAUUCAUAUAACCUUUUUAUUGAUUGUAUUAUUAUUAUUUAGUUACUUAUUUCUUUGAAAUUCUGUUAGUUGAACAAAUACUUUAAUGCUUCUAAGACUGUUUUGUAAAUAGUUUAAACCGUUCGUGUGAAGUUUGGAUUAUUUUCUGUUCAUUUUGUUUAGAAAUUAAAAGAUUUUUUUAUUAAGGAUUUUUUUUUAUUUCUAAAGAACUUCGUUGAAUUUCUUCUUGUGUGUAAUUAAGAAGUAUAUCUAUUUUAACCCAGAACUUGCUGGAUUUGUGUCUGCCUUGGAUUUGGUACAGUCCAUUUGAACUUUAUGGGAUUUCAGUGACAAGAGGGUAAGAAAAUGUACAACCGACAGUAUAAAGCCAGGUCAGAUGCAGCUAGGCCUGGAUGUAUUUUACUUACGGCAAAGGUUAAUCACAACCGGUUCCAGCCAGUUUUAAUGAUGGCAAAGGUUAAUCACAACCGGUUCCAGCCGGUUUUACUGCUGUAAAAGGUUAAUCACAACCGGUUCCAACCAGUUUUACUGAUGGCAAAGGUUAAUCACAACUGGUUCUAGCUGGAUUUACUGACGGCAAAGGCUAAUAACUGCUUCCAGCCGGUUUUACUAACGGCAUAGGCUAAUAACAACCGGUUCCAGCCGGUUUGACUGAUGGCACCAGUUCCAGCAGGUUAAGGGUUAAGGUAAUUGAAGUAGAAAACAAAAGAAUAAUGAUCAUUUCAAUAGGUGAGAGCAUUUUGAUUAUAGUCUCUUUUCUGUCUUGUUUUAUGAAAGCUUUUGUUAAAGUAUAGCAAUUAAGAAUUGAAAGAUUAAGUUUAGAUAUGGCAUGUGCGUUUUGUGUGUUUUAGAAGCAACUUUUGAAUUAAUUGAUUAUUCUGAAAAAGAGAAGUUGUGUUCUGGUUUAAAUAUUUUUUCUGUAAAGAUAUACGGAACAGAUGGGACCAUUGUAGCUGUAGCUAAAAUGUCAGUUGAAUUUAUUCAGAAAAGAAAUCGUAGACAAAAAAUUUGUUCUCUUUUAAAUGGGACCAUCAUUUAUGUAAUGUCAAGUUAUGUAUUUUCUUUAUAUCAUUAUAUGGAAUCGUCGAAACAAAGUGAGAUAUAUUAUAUAUUUUUAACAGUUUAGUAAUGACUUAGAUAUCUGCACGCAGAAAUGGACGUAUUGCAGAAAGAACAUCGGAAACUAAUAUAGCUUUCUAUUAAUUAUUAGAGGUAGCAAUAACGAACCAUUAAGUCAAUAGUUUUAUGACGGUUUCAAUUGGACAAAAUAGUGUUUGUUUUGUGUGUUCAUGUGCAUGAUUAUAAGAAUAUUUCAAAGUCGCUACUGUCAAUUUUGUAUCAAAUUGAUGAUUUGUUUUUGUAUACAUGUAUAUAUAUAUAUAUAAAAUAGAUGAUUUGAUGAUCUUUUUUGUUCACCUUUUGAAAAUUAAUUAGUAUUGAUACAGUCCUACUAAUGGCACUUACAGUUGAAAUAACGAGCGUCAUAUUUCUUAUAUUUCUUUGGCUUCUAUGCUUUGAGGGCGUGUUCCAUUACUUCUAUUUUUAUACUACAGCAAAUUGGAAAAGGUAGUUUUUUGUUAAUUUAUGCAAAAUGCUUGUCAAAAUAUUUCGUCAACCACUUUAUGGUGAACAUAUGUUAUUUGUUGAUGUAUAAAAUUUAUGCAACCAAAGUUUUUAUGAGUUUCAUAAAAUUUUGUCUCAAAAAGUAAUUGACUUGUAAAUAAUAAAUGUAAAAAUGA